ACCCGGGCAGCGCCUCCCUCUGAGGCCGAGAUAAGACAUGGCUCCUCCCCCGGAGCGUCCGCGCUGUCUGCGGCUACAGCAACAAGAAAAGAGAAGAAAAGAGAAGAGAUGUUGGAAGACAGAAAGAGGGAAGUAGAGAGAAACUCAGCCUGUCACUAACUAACCGGACAUUUAGCAGCUGCCCAUGAAUAAAAAGCCCUCUACUUUUGGUCGGAGCCUCUUCGGCCGUCGCUGAAGAAGAGCGCGAGCGCCCGGGGUCCUGGUUCAACAUCCGACAGCAUGGCUGGAGGCGAAGACGGAAACUUUUCAGCCAGAGAGAGAAGGCCGAAGUUUGGAAGACAAACGUCUUUAUCCCAAAGCAUCCGAAAAAAUGCCGCUGAGUGGUUCGGCGUCGGUGAGGACUGUGAGACGAAGCAGCAGGUAUGGCACAGGAAGAGCCUGCGCCACUGCAGUCAGCGCUACGGCAGGCUAAAGGCCCAGUACAGGGAACCAGAGACGGCCUCCACACUGGACCAGAAUCCAGACUCUCCGGCCACCAGCAGGCUGCCAAGGAUCGUUGACCCCCUGGCACGAGGCAGGGCUUUCCGUUACCCAGACGAGAUGGACGGUGGUUUACCCAGAACCCCCCACACAACCCACGGGGGGCCCUUCACGCCCGGAGUCGCCUCACUGAGCUCCUUCACCAGCCAGCGCUCCGGAUACAGCCGCUUCCCCAGACGGAAGAGGGAGUCUGUGGCCCGGAUGAGCAUCAGAGCUGCUUCCAACCUGCUGAGGGGCCGUAGUGGGUUGGCAGGCUCUGUCCGCAGCGUCCCCAGGAGGAGCUUCAUGAGGCCCAGCUGGGUGGAGGAGGACACUGUAGACUCAGGAGACAUGUCUUCCUCACUUUUCUUCAGCAAGGUCGAUGCUCAUGAGGAGAUGUACUCCAUGGCUGACGACGUGUUUGAAUCCCCUCCCAUGUCGGCCUCUCUUGCGUCCAACGAGCAGCUGGACCAGAAGUUCCCCAGCCUCAGUAAGGACGAAGUAAGGAUGAAGACCCCCACCCCAGUGCCUGAAAAGGCCCCCCCUCACCGCGGCCGACGCAUCGCUUCUCAAGUCAAGCAUUUUGCGUUUGACAAAAAGAAGCGACACUACGGCAUGGGCGUGGUGGGGAAGUGGUUGAACCGAAACUACCGACGCAGCCUUAGCAGCAACGUCCAGAAGCAGCUGGACGACUUCCAGAGCAAAAGGCCCUACUUUACCUACUGGAUAACAUUUGUCCACAUACUCAUCACGCUGCUGUCCUGCUGCACCUAUGGUUUUGCCCCUGUGGGGUUUUCACAGCACUCCAAAACAGAACUGGUACUAAAGAACAAAGGCAUUUAUGAAAGUGUGAAGUUUAUCCAACAAGAGAACUUCUGGAUCGGACCGAGCUCUGAGGCUCUAAUCCACCUCGGGGCCAAGUUCUCUCCAUGCAUCCGAAGGGACGUGCAGAUAGUCGCUAUGAUCCAGAAAGACAAAGAUCUGGAAAGAGAGUCUGGUUGUUGCAUUCAGAAUGACGACUCUGGAUGUGUGCAAACCCUCAGUAGCGACUGCUCGGAAACACUGGCCACCUUUCAGAAAUGGACCAAUGAGAGUGUGGACAUCAACAGGUCUUCUGGGUCCGUGUGUCACCAGGAUCCAAGAGUGUGUGAAGAGCCAGCCUCCCAGUCGCCUCAUACGUGGCCAGAUGACAUCACCCAGUGGCCGGUCUGCACAUUACCCAGGACGUGGAACAGCACAGGCUACAGACACAUGGACUGUACUAUUAAAGGGCGGCCCUGCUGCAUAGGCACCAAGGGCAGAUGUGAGAUCACCACCAGAGAGUACUGCGAUUUCAUGCAUGGUUACUUCCAUGAGGAGGCCACUCUCUGCUCACAGGUCCACUGUUUGGACGAUGUCUGCGGUUUGCUGCCCUUCCUAAAUCCAGAGGUUCCUGAUCAGCUCUACCGACUGUGGCUAUCCCUCUUCCUCCAUGCUGGGCUCCUUCACUGUGUGGUGUCAGUGGUGUUCCAGAUGACCAUACUGAGAGACCUGGAGAAGUUGGCAGGAUGGGCGCGUAUCUCCAUCAUCUACAUCUUCAGUGGCAUCACCGGUAACCUCGCCUCCGCCUUAUUCCUGCCCUACAGAGCAGAGGUGGGUCCGGCCGGCUCCCAGUUCGGACUCCUCGCUUGCCUCUUCGUUGAGCUUUUCCAAGGUUGGCAGAUGCUGGAAAAGCCAUGGAAGGCUUUCCUCAAACUCCUGGGCAUCGUGUUCUUCCUCUUCCUGUGCGGCCUUCUCCCUUGGAUCGACAACAUCGCCCACAUCUUCGGCUUCAUCGGCGGCCUGCUGCUUUCCUUCGCCUUCCUGCCCUACGUCACCUUCGGGACCUUUGACAAAUACCGCAAGCGGAUCCUCAUCGUGGUCUCGUUGCUCGCCUACGUGGGGCUCUUCUCCUCUCUCAUCGUUUGGUUUUAUAUUUACCCCAUUAACCUCCACUGGCUGGAGCAUCUCACCUGCCUGCCCUUCACAAGCAAGUUUUGUGAAAAGUAUGACAUAGACCACAACAUCAACGACGUGGUGCACUAACCUCCCGGUGGUGAGAGAGUUGGCUUCCAGGUCUAAGCAUCUGACAAUCAGUUUUAUCUUGUAAAUAAAACUGGAAGCUUCUCCUGUCUGCCCAGUUAAACUCGUUCAGACGUUCCAGUCCUCAGGGAGGAGGCACGAUCAGGGUUUUUUAUUUGUUCAGCACCAACCAAACCUCCUGGAAUCAGUAGAGAAGAUGGCCGCACCUCUGGCCGGCAGUCGUCGUCCCUUUGAGUCUCCAGGCAAUAAAAUCACUUCGGUGAGGAUUUGACUGUUAAAAGAUGUUAAACAAACAAGCACCUUCCUAUAAGUUCGUCUUUUUUCACAGUAUUUGGUGUCAACACUACAAAAGCAGGGAGCUGUUCUUCUUAGUCCUUUAAAUACAGUUUGUUUUAUUUCUCUAUUGGAUGAUUGAUGCUCUGCUGGUGUCCAAAGGUAAAGCUACGUUCAGACCGCAAGCAGCAGAAGCAGCAAAAACACACAUGCUGCUUCAUU